AUGGAUUUACAAGCAUUGGUUGUUAAUACACACUUUACCGAACACAAAUUAGGAAGGAGUGUUAAUGGUAGAGUUGUGAGUGCAAUUAUCCUAGACAAUAAAAUUUGGGAUGAUUGUUUUACUGCAUGCAAAAUUGUGAGUCCGUUGAUUAAAUUACUGAAGUUGGUAGAUGCCGAUGAUAAACCAUCAUUGGGAAUUAUUUAUGAAGGUAUGAUGAGGUCAGAAAAUAGAAUCAAAGAAAUGUUCAAGCAUAGUAAGAUUGCAUAUCAACCUUACACAGAGAUUAUCAACUCAAGAUGGGACAAACAUUUGAAAAAAAAUCUUCAUGCAGCGACUUAUUUCUUGAAUCCUGCUUGCUUUUUCGAUGAAAAUUAUAAAGAAGCAUCUGAUGUCAUGCGAGGUUUACUUGAUCUUAUUACAUUGCAUUGCAAGGUUAAUAAUUUAGAUUCAGUUGAAGCAAUGAAAGAAAUACACUUAUAUAGAGAUCGAAAGGAGAGCUUUGAUAGGCCUGAAGCUUUUCGAGCUGCAAAAAAACUUCAACAUAAUGAAUGGUGGAGGUUGUUUGGUGGUUCUGCUCCAUGUUUACAAAACAUAGGACUUCGCAUUCUUAGCCAAGCAUAUGCUUCUUCGGGGUAUGAGAUUGAUGCUGAUUUAGAUCAAGGUGGUGGUGGUGGUGGUAGUAGUAGUACAUUUUAUGCUGCACCAUUUGAUUUUUUCUGA